AUGGCUUCCGAUGGACCAGUGCCUUCGGUGGAAACCGACCCCAGUCACAGUCCCAGCCCCAGUCUCGUCAACCAUCCCUCCUCCACUUCACCAACCUCGUCCUCCCACCGCAACCGCCGAGGGCCUCUUCUUCCGAUUCGCCUCAAACAACGCUUUGCAUCAUGGCAUCACCCGACUCCUGACAUAGAAACCGAGUCCCAAUCCGACACCAGCUCCGGCAUUAUGCCCUCCAAGUCCCCGAACACCGCCGGCAACAGCCCUGGCCAUUUCAAUCAGAAGCUGAAGAACUUCUUUCGCAUCAACCACAGUGGCAACGCCGACAAGGAGAAGUCGCUCGACCGCGACCACCCUCUCAAGUCGGAGAACAAGGCCGGCUUCCGCCAGUCUAGAGGGCGCUUCUUCACCACCGUCGGCAGGCUGAGGACAAACACCACCGCGAGCGAAGGAAACCCCCUCGACGACGCCAUGAGUCCUACCGCCAACAUAAACCCCUACUUCGCUCACCAGGGCCAGCCCGGCCUCCGCCAUCACAAUCAAGGUUCCGUACCGCCCAGUCCACCCGAUACACCGAGCUUUAGAGUUGACGGUCCAGAUGGCGAGAAACCACAGCCCACCAACGCUACGAAGGAGGAAUUGGCGAGGAAGCUACGGAGGGUUGCUAGUGCCCCGAACGCACAAGGCCUCUUCUCGAAACAGGGCAAAGGCGAUGGCGAGAGACCGGCCACCGCUGAGCUUGGAAAGGAGCCUUUGAUGCAUAAUGGAAAUGCCUCGAGUUUGGGAUUCGCCGACGCGAAAACCUCGCCCACCGAUUCUCUCGCCGUACCCGAUAGUGAUGGCCUGGCCGCCCUGCCUCCGCCGGGCCACCACCCAUUGGCCUUCCGCCGAACGUACAGUUCCAAUUCGAUCAAGGUCCGCACCGUCGAAGUUGGUCCCGCCAGUUUCGACAAGAUCAAGCUUAUUGGAAAGGGCGAUGUGGGCAAGGUAUAUCUCGUCAGAGAGAAGAAGAGCACGAGGCUUUACGCCAUGAAAGUUCUGAGCAAGAAGGAGAUGAUCAAGCGCAACAAGAUCAAGAGAGCCUUGGCCGAGCAGGAGAUCCUUGCAACGAGUAAUCACCCGUUCAUUGUGACCCUAUACCACUCUUUCCAGUCCGAGGACCACCUUUACUUGUGUAUGGAAUACUGCAGUGGUGGAGAAUUCUUCCGCGCAUUGCAAACCCGUCCCGGCAAAUGCAUCCCCGAGGAUGACGCUCGAUUUUAUGCCGCAGAGGUCACUGCUGCUCUGGAAUACCUUCACUUGAUGGGUUUCAUAUACCGCGACCUGAAGCCUGAAAAUAUUCUACUGCAUCAGUCUGGACACAUCAUGCUUUCGGAUUUCGAUCUGUCGAAGCAGUCAGAUCCUGGUGGUAAGCCUACUAUGAUCAUGGGUAAGAACGGUGCCAGCACCUCUUCACUGCCUACCAUAGACACCAAGUCGUGUAUCGCCAAUUUCAGGACCAACUCGUUUGUGGGCACUGAGGAGUAUAUUGCCCCAGAAGUGAUUAAGGGUAGUGGGCAUACCAGUGCUGUGGACUGGUGGACUCUGGGGAUUUUGGUUUACGAGAUGCUUUACGGAACCACUCCGUUCAAAGGCAAGAAUCGUAAUGCGACUUUCGCCAACAUCCUUCGUGAAGAAAUCCCCUUCCCAGAGCACUCUGGGGCACCCCAGGUCUCAAAUCUCUGCAAGUCACUUGUCAGGAAGCUGCUCAUCAAGGAUGAGACUCGAAGGCUAGGUGCGAGAGCCGGUGCCUCUGAUAUCAAAGGACACCCCUUUUUCCGGACAACGCAAUGGGCUCUCAUUCGACACAUGAAGCCACCUAUCGUACCCCAUGCUGGAAAUGGCGUCGAUACCAUCAACUUUAGGAACGUCAAGGAGAGUGAAAGUGUUGACAUCACUGGGUCACGGUUGCCAGGUGUGCCGUUAGACAGCGGACUGGCGACCCCGGGCGUCGAAGCCGUUGAUCCCUUCGAGGAGUUCAACAGUGUAACUUUACACCACGAUGGCGACGAUCACCACAACAGCCAGGGCUCGCAUCGGUAG